CCUUCAACCGCCUUACCCCGUACCACAGCAGCUUUCAUCGCGGAGCAUUGCCAGGAUAGGUGAGCAUCCUGGCACUUUGCCCCUAGGACUCAGUCCGCAUGCAGAGCUGCUAAUCUUAUUGAGAGCACUUCGCCCCUCCUUUGCGGCGUUGCGGAGUACCAGUCCAUGAGCGGACUUUGGGGGCUACGCCUCAGAGAUGGCACUCAACCAUACAAGUAUAUAUUCAUUGUAUCACUGCAUCAAUGAGACCAUGUUACCACAUUUGCCUCUCAGUUUCUCAUGAGUCUCUUUACUUUUUCAAUACCUGACAACAGAGCGUCUCAGUAUCUGCGUUGCCAAGAUGGUUCGUUACACUGACAUCAAAGCCUCCAACACACUCAUCAAUGACUCGACAGCUCCGCGCGUCGCCGUGUUCGUCGGUGGUACAUCUGGCAUCGGCCAAUUGACCAUCAAGGCUCUUGUCGCGACUGGUGCAAGCUCUCGUAUCUACCUCAUUGGACGCAAGAGCUCUCAGGACCGGGCGCAUGUUUUCAUCAACGAAUUGCAAUCCGCCAACCCCAAAGCGGAGGUCAUCUGGAUCGAAGGCGAGGUCUCCCUCCUGGCAGACGCCAAGAGAGUGUGCGAAGUCAUCAAGAGCAGAGAGAGCCAUGUCGAUCUACUCUUCCUCACCACGGGCUAUGCGCCCUUUGGACCGCGCGAGGAGACGACCGAGGGUAUCGAAAUCACGCUGAGCUUGGGCUACUUUUCGCGGAUGGUGUUUGUCUUGCAGCUUCUCCCUUUACUCCGAGAGGCGGAGGCGGCCAGGGUCGUCAGCGUACUGGGCGGUGGUCUGAUGGAGAGACCGACCAGCAUUGACCUGGAUGAUCUGGCGAUGGAAAAGCCUGGCAGCUUUGGGCCUAUCAAGUCCCAGAUGCUGUCCGCGACCAUGAACACGGCGACGCUGGAUAAAUUGGCGGCGGACAACCCUGGUGUGACUUUUAUCCAUUCCUACCCUGGCUGGGUGGACACGGGCAAUGCUAGGAGAGGCUUUGAGCCGAAUUCUUGGAAAGCCUGGCUCGCAUGGCUGUUUCUUGAGCCUCUGAUUCGCAUCUUCUCUUUCAGUGAUGAAGAGUCUGGUCAGCGGCAUCUAUUCAUGAGUACCAGUGCAUAUUACGGUGGUGGAGGCGUGCCGUGGACGGGCAAGGCUGGCGUGAACACAUUUGGGAAACUAGUGAAUGGUCUGUUUCUUGUCAACUACAGGAACGACUGUACGCUAAAUGCGGGUGUCCUGUCGGCCCUGCGGGAGAGGGCCACGGAAAGGAUCUGGAAACACACACAGGACGUUCUUGAACCGUAUUUGUGACACUGAAGUCGAGGUAGAGAGGGAACGGGGUAGGGAGCCUUUAUGUCACAAGUCACACCGUCUGCCACACUUGACUUCACCCGGCAUGCUCAAUCACAGAUGUAGUAUGCUUGACAACAACACAUCCCUCGAUGAAUCCGUUGAAACAAGCGCCGAAAGACUAAUGAAUAGAACGCG